CAAACCACCGCUCUCUCUCUCUCCUUCCCACUUUCCACAUUGAGAAUUUCACAUCCGUUUUGAAGAAUCAACCUUGUGAAGGGAAGGUACUUUCUCUCUGCAUCUAUCUCUCUGGGCUCCUUUUGUUUCAUAUAGUGAAUUAGAUAGCAAGCAAGCAAAGCCAUUUGAUCUUCGUCCUCUGUUUCGGAGGUUUUAUGGUUGAUGAUCUUUCUGGGAUUAAUCGAAUCCAACAACAAUAAUCCCCUUUCAAUGUAAAGAAGCAAACCCUUUUGGUACAUUGUCGUUGUUGUGAUCUUUGUGCUGUCAAUUUUGUAAAUGUACGAGAAAAAUCCCAAUUGAUUGGUGUAAAUUCCAUGGAUAAUCACAGCAAUUCAUAUUCAUACCCUUACCAUUUUGGUUACGGAUAUGGAUAUGGAUACCCUCAUGUUUCAUCUCCAUAUCCACAUCCAAAUUCUGGUGGAUACCCUCCUCCUCAUCCUUACUACAACGCCCCUCAUUCUGUCCCUUUGCCCUAUCAGUACCCGCCGCCAGGCCCUCCUCCCCAGGCCGCCUCCCAUUCGACUCCCUUGGAAUAUGGCUACCACCAGUCACCACAUCCCGGCCCACUUCCCCAACCAUCAUAUAUUGGAUUCCUGGUUCCCCCAGUGGCCAUUCCCCCGCCUCAACACCAGGGUGGUUCCCAAUAUGGUGCAGCAGUCCAUCACCACCGACACCCCUCGGCACCAUUAUCCUUUUCAUCAUCAGAAAGCUACUCUGAUGUUCCAUCUCGGGUCAAUGUUCCAUCUCGGCUCAAUAGUUUCUCCGGCCAUCACCGCCAGGAUAGCAUGGCAUCCAUGGAAAUUGGGUCCUUCACGAAUCAUGAUCAUGCCAAAGAUAACAUCCAUCCUUACUCUCCUGUUUACUCCCCGGUGGACAAUCUUUUAGCUAAUGCGCAUAUAUCUGGUAAUCCAUCGUCUGCCCUGGCAUCACCGCCAGCAUCUGCGGCAGUAUCAGCUUCAAGUUCUCCUCUGGCAUUGCAUACUUUAAGUGGAAAGUACGAUGUCCAAAGCAGGGGGGCAGACGGCCCCUCUGCCCAUCCUUUUUUAUCCUAUUCAAACUCAUUUAUUGAUUCCCCACAUAAUCAGAGUCUGCAGAUUAUGCCAUUUUCAACUUCGAAAGGGUCUCUAAAAGUUUUACCCUUACAUGGGAACUUGGAUAUUUGUGUCCGUGAGGCCAAAAACCUUCCAAACAUGGACAUGUUUCAUAAAACUUUAGGAGACAUGUUUAACAAGUUACCAGGGAACUUGAGCAACAAGAUUGAAGGCACCAUGGAUCAUAAGAUCACUAGUGAUCCGUACGUCUCCAUUUCAGUAACAAGUUCUGUGGUUGGGAGGACUUAUGUGAUCAGUAAUAGUGAAAAUCCUGUAUGGAUGCAACGGUUUUACAUUCCCGUUGCGCAUUAUGCUGCCGAAGUCCACUUUCUUGUUAAGGACAGUGACGUAGUUGGAUCCCAGCUCAUGGGAGUUGUUGCAGUUCCAGUUGAACAGAUAUACUCGGGGGAAAAAGUUCAGGGCAUCUAUCCAAUCCUGAAUGGUAAUGGGAAGCCCUGCAAGCCUGGAGCUGUUCUGAGUCUCUCAAUUCAGUACAUACCAAUAGAGAAAUUGAGCAUUUAUCAUCAUGGAGUAGGAGCUGGUCCUGAGUACUCUGGGGUUCGUGGCACGUAUUUUCCCCUUAGGAAAGGUGGAACAGUUACUCUUUACCAAGAUGCUCAUGUACCUGAUGGUUCCCUUCCUAAUUUGAAACUUGAUUAUGGGAUGCAAUACGUGCAAGGGAAGUGCUGGAAAGACAUCUUUGAUGCAAUAUCACAGGCACGGCGUUUAAUUUAUAUUGCUGGUUGGUCAGUCUGGCACAAAGUUGAACUGGUCAGGGAUGCUGAUUAUGCACCAAAAUGUACUCUGGGUGAUCUUCUCAAGUCAAAGUCUCAGGAAGGUGUGAGAGUGUUGCUUCUCAUCUGGGAUGACCCUACUUCAAGGAGCAUCCUGGGCUACAAAACUGAUGGAAUCAUGCAAACCCACGAUGAAGAAACUCGGCGUUUUUUCAAGCAUUCUUCAGUACAAGUGCUACUUUGUCCUCGCAUGGCAGGAAAGAAACACAGCUGGAUGAAGCAAAGGGAAGUUGGAGCAAUCUACACACAUCAUCAGAAAACUAUUAUCGUGGAUGUUGAUUCUGGGAAUAAUAAAAGAAGACUAGUAGCUUUCCUUGGGGGGCUUGAUUUAUGUGAUGGGCGAUACGAUACUCCACAGCAUCCAAUAUUUAGGACACUAGAGACUGUGCAUGUAGAUGACUACUACAACCCUACCUUUGCGGGUAAUGUUGCUGGUUGUCCAAGGCAAGCAUGGCAUGACUUGCACUGUAGAAUUGAUGGCCCAGCAGCAUAUGAUGUUCUCGCAAACUUUGAAGAGCGCUGGUUGAAAGCUUCUAAGCCUCAUGGUUUAAAGAAACUGAAGAACUCUUAUGAUGAUGCUUUACUCAGAAUAGAAAGGAUGCCUGACAUUAUGGGGGUACAUGAUGCACCAUGUCUUAGUGAGAAUGAUCCUGAGGGUUGGCAUGUUCAGAUUUUCCGUUCCAUUGAUUCAAAUUCUGUUAGGGGCUUCCCUAAGGAUCCAAAAGAUGGUAUUAACAAGAACCUGGUUUGUGGGAAGAAUUUAAUGAUUGAUAUGAGCAUACAUACAGCAUACAUAGAGGCUAUUCGUGCUGCUCAACAUUUUAUCUAUAUAGAGAAUCAAUAUUUUAUCGGAUCUUCUUACAAUUGGAACUCAAACAAGGACUUGGGUGCAAACAAUUUGAUUCCCAUGGAGAUUGCCCUUAAAAUUGCCGAUAAAAUCAGAGCACAUGAGAGAUUUUCAGUUUAUAUUGUUAUUCCGAUGUGGCCAGAGGGCAACCCAACAGGUGCCGCUACGCAAAGAAUUUUAUUUUGGCAGCACAAAACAAUGCAAAUGAUGUAUGAGACCAUCUACAAGGCAUUGGUGGAGGUUGGGCUUGAGGAUGCAUUCACACCACAAGACUACUUGAACUUCUUUUGUCUGGGUAAUCGUGAAGCCAUAGGCAGUGGCAAACGAUCAGGUGAUUUCUCUAGUGCUACAAAUACUCCUCAGUUGUUGGAUUUGUUGUCAAGGAUGUGCAGAGAUGAUCAAUGUUUCGGUAUUCAGGGACUCAGCCGAAAGUACAGAAGAUUCAUGAUUUAUGUUCAUUCAAAAGGCAUGAUAGUAGAUGACGAGUACUUAAUCGUGGGGUCUGCAAACAUCAAUCAGCGUUCGUUGGAGGGCACCAGAGACACUGAGAUAGCGAUGGGAGCCUAUCAACCCCAUCAUACUUGGGCAAGAAAACUAUCUAAUCCUCACGGACAGAUAUAUGGAUACAGAAUGUCAUUGUGGGCAGAGCAUCUCGGGACCAUUGAGGACUGCUUUACCCGGCCAGAGAGUCUUGAAUGCGUGAGGAAGGUUAGAUCAAUGGGUGAGAGAAACUGGGAACAGUUUGCAGCAGAUGAGGUGACAGAGAUGAAUGGACACCUCCUCAAGUACCCAGUUGAGGUUGAUCGAAAGGGCAAGGUCCGGCCUCUCCCUGGACACGAAAACUUUCCCGAUGUGGGAGGUCGAAUUGUCGGAUCAUUCCUUGCCAUUCAGGAGAACCUAACCAUAUAAACCAACAUUACCCACCUUCAGGGGAGAGAGUAACUGAAACAAGAAGAAGCAGAAGAGGAAGAAUAAGCAGGAAUUAGAGCUCAGUUCUGAUGAGUUAGAUUCUGUCUCCUUGUACAUUCUCUGUUUUUCAUCUUUUCUGUAAAUCUUUGUGUCCAUCAUAGUGUUUCGUUCCUCACAUUCAUGGGAUUAGAUUAUCUUGGACUGAAUAUUGCUGCAGAUUCA